AAUGAAUAUUGCUCUUGUUGCUCUUAUCCCCUCUUCUAUGCUCAAUGGUAUAGAGUGAAAUAAUGCGCUUCACGGACUUCUAUUGAAUUUACCUUAUUUUUACUUUCCAUUUUAGGGUGCCCUUAUUAGUGGUUCAUUUCAAUUAUUAUUCGAUAAUUAGAUAACAUCAAAAUGGCUAAAAAGAUAUGCAUAGUAGGUGGAGGUGCGAGUGGUCUAACCGCGAUAAAAGCAUGCUUGGAACAAAAUCUCAUACCCGUCUGUUACGAAUGGACUAAAAAUUUAGGCGGACUAUGGCGCUACAGAGAGGAGGAUGUCCACGGUCUCGGAUCUGUCAUGAAAUCGACCAUCAUCAACAGCAGCAAGGAAGUGAGUGCUUUCAGCGAUUUUCCGCCCCCAAAGGAGUUUCCAAAUUACAUGCACAACUCCAAAAUGAUUCGAUAUAUCGAAAUGUAUGCUGAAAAUUUCGAUCUGACGCGCCAUAUCACUUUCGAACAUGAAGUCAAGAGCAUCGAACAGGCAUCGGAUUUUGAAGAGACUGGACGGUGGGUUGUCACAGUCCAGAAGAAUGGGUCCUCGCAACCUUUCCAGGAAACCUUCGACGGUGUCAUGGUGUGUGCUGGUCAUCACGUUUUUCCAAUAAUCCCGAAAUUUCCUGGACAGGAGAAGUUCAAAGGAAGGAUUAUCCAUACGCAUUCCUACAAGAGGCCCAAUGGGUACGAGGACAAGAAAGUUCUGGUGGUUGGAGUUGGAAAUUCUGGUGGAGACGUUGCAGUUGAGCUCAGCAAUAUAGCAUCACAGGUCUACUUGAGUACGAGGAGAGGAGCGUGGGUCAUUCAUAGAGUGGGUACAAAAGGCAAACCAUUCGAUAUCCAAAUGAUGACCAGAUUUUUUAAUUUCUGGUUCAACAAUCUACCCUACCCCAUGGUGUGCUACAUUGCUGAAAGAGAGAUUAACAACCGAUUCGAUCAUGAUCUCUACAAGAUGAAGCCCGAACAUCACAUAUUUGGUCAGCAUCCAAUGGUCAAUGACGCUCUUCCGAACAGAAUCCUCAGCGGAACAGUUAUGGUUAAAGGAGACAUAAAGGAAUUUACAGAGAAUGGCAUAAUCUUCGAAGGUGAAACUGAAGAAGUCGAAGUUGAAGAGGUUAUUUUAGCUACUGGGUACAAGAUUACUUUCCCGUACCUUAGCAAAGACAUAGUCUGGGUCCAAGACAAUCAAGUAGAGCUCUUCAAAUUUGCCUUCCCGCCCAAACUCAAACACAAUUCACUGGUCCUGAUUGGUCUGGGACAACCUGUAGGACCAUUGAUGCCCAUUUCAGAGAUGCAAUCCAGGAUAUAUGCAUUGCACAUGAGUGGUAAGAUCCAGUUGCCUUCUGAGGAAGAAAUGAUGCAAGAUAUUAGAAGAAAAGACAUCGAAAUGAGAAAGCGCUACUUUUCCGGGCCCCGCCACACUAUUCAAAUGGAUUGGAUUAACUUCAUGGAUGAAUUGGCCGAACUCGCUGGAGUCCAGCCAGAUCUGUUCUCCAUGUUUUUCAACGAUCCCAUCCUCUUUUACCAUUGUGUCCGAGGACCUUGCCUCCCCUAUCAGUACAGACUUCAAGGUCCCAAUGCAUGGGAAGGGGCACGAAAGGCCAUUAUAGAGGCAGACCAAAGGGUUGUCGCAGCACUCAAUACUCGUUAUAUCCCGAAAAGGAAGGUGGAAGAAGUUAAUAUUCUUAAAUUCAUAAUGGCUAGUAUUAGCAUUAUUCUGUUGGCAUUGUUCUUGGCAACGGUGGCGUAAUUCCAGCUAUUAUUGAUCAUUUUUUACUUGUGAAUAUUGUAUAAAAAAUAUUUAUGUGAUGUCUUUUGAAGUUUGUGUAGUUUGACUGCUCUUUGUGUGUGCAUGUACGUUGUAUGAUUUUAACUUUUUUUAAUAAAAGAUCAUUAAAAAUGCU